CCCGAGGCGGCGGAGCGAGGCGCGGCCACGGCCGGGAGCGCGCAGCGCGGGUUGCCCGGCGGGCGGGGCGCCCGGGACCCGGAGGAUCUGCUCCCCGCCGCCGCCGCCUCCUCCCCACCUCCCUCUCCCGGAGGUGGCGGCAUCCCUAGGGGACAGGCGGCGGCGUCCCCCGCCCGGGCCCUGCCAGGCGGCCGACAGCACUGAUGCUCGCGAGCGUGCGGGCGUGGGAGGCGGCCGCGCUCUUCCUGCUGGGUCGGGCUCCGUGGAGCGCAGCCUGCGGUGCGGCCUGAGAAGCCCGGGGCUUCCGGACCGUGAAUUGGGCACGGGCGCGCGAGGCUGCGGGGACCCGGGACCUUCGGCAGCCCGUGACGCCCACGAUCGCGCCCCUCCCCUCCGCGUCCUUCCUGCCCACAGCGCGCCCGGGAAGCGCGCGAGGCGUGGAGCUUUGUGUGCGCCCGCGACUGCGGGGCGAGCCUGGGUGCCCUAACUUGGCGGCUCCGGGCACGCAGUUGCUAGGCGUGGCCGGCGGAGGAGGCGCUCGGGGGGCGUGGGGCUCCCCAGCUGGCGGCGACGCGGAGCGGGCGGCGCUGCGGCCACGGUUAGCCAGGCCACCUGUGAGCCCGGGCAGGAUGCGCGGGCCAGGUGUUCCGCUGCUCUAAGGCCUGCGCGCUCUCACCGCGGGGCAGCGCUGCGCAAGGGGUGCGCGGCCGGCUGGACGCUCAUUUAUUUAUUUGUGGCGAGUUCUUAGCAGCCGCCAUGGCCAGCACCCGGAGCAUUGAGCUGGAGCACUUUGAGGAACGGGACAAAAGACCCCGGCCAGGCUCGCGGAGAGGGGCGCCCGGCUCCUCCGGGGGCAGCAGCGGCUCCGGCCCCAGGGGCAACGGGCUCAUCCCCAGCCCGGCGCACAGUGCUCACUGCAGCUUCUACCGCACGCGGACCUUGCAGGCCCUCAGCUCCGAGAAGAAGGCCAAGAAGGUGCGCUUCUACCGGAAUGGGGACCGCUACUUCAAAGGCCUGGUCUUUGCCAUCUCCAGCGACCGCUUCCGGUCCUUCGAUGCGCUCCUCAUGGAGCUCACCCGCUCGCUGUCUGACAACGUGAACCUGCCUCAGGGCGUCCGCACCAUCUACACCAUCGAUGGCAGUCGGAAGGUCACCAGCCUGGAGGAGCUGCUGGAAGGUGAGAGUUAUGUGUGUGCCUCCAAUGAGCCAUUUCGUAAAGUUGACUAUACCAAAAAUAUUAAUCCGAACUGGUCUGUGAACAUCAAAGGCGGGACAGCUCGAACCUUGGCCACUGCCUCUGGGAAAAGUGAAGGGAAAGAAAGCAAGGAUUUCAUCAAACCCAAGUUAGUGACUGUGAUUCGAAGUGGAGUGAAGCCUAGAAAAGCUGUGCGGAUCCUUCUGAAUAAAAAGACUGCUCAUUCCUUUGAGCAGGUCCUAACUGAUAUCACCGAAGCCAUUAAGUUAGACUCAGGCGUGGUCAAAAGGCUGUGUACCCUGGACGGAAAGCAGGUUACUUGUCUUCAAGACUUCUUUGGCGAUGAUGACGUUUUUAUUGCCUGUGGACCCGAAAAAUUCCGUUACGCUCAAGAUGACUUUGUCCUGGAUCAUAGCGAAUGUCGUGUCCUGAAGUCCUCCUAUUCUCGAUCCUCAGCUGCUAAGUAUUCUGGAUACAAAAGCCCAGGGCCUUCUCGCCGCAGCAAAUCACCAGCUUCAGUAAAGAGGGCUGGACUCUCCAGUGCCUAUUCUUCAGCCAAAUCCCCAGUUAAUGGAACUCCAAGCAGCCAGCUCUCCACUCCUAAGUCUACAAAGUCCUCCAGUUCCUCUCCAACUAGCCCAGGAAGUUUCCGAGGAUUAAAGCAGAUCUCUGCUCAUGGCAGAUCUUCUUCCAAUGUAAACAGUGGGCCUGAAGUUGACCGUUGUAUGAGUCCUGAAGGUGUCAAUGGAAACAGGUGCUCUGAGUCAUCUCUUCUGGAGAAAUACAGAAUUGGGAAGGUUAUUGGUGAUGGCAACUUUGCAGUAGUUAAAGAGUGCAUGGACAGGUCUACUGGGAAAGAGUUUGCAUUAAAGAUUAUAGACAAAGCCAAAUGCUGUGGAAAGGAACACCUGAUAGAGAAUGAAGUGUCCAUACUGCGUCGGGUGAAGCACCCCAAUAUCAUCAUGCUGGUCGAAGAGAUGGAAACAGCAACUGAGCUCUUUCUUGUGAUGGAAUUAGUCAAAGGUGGAGACCUCUUUGAUGCAAUUACUUCUUCAACCAAGUACACUGAGAGAGAUGGCAGCGCCAUGGUGUACAACCUGGCCAACGCCCUCCGGUAUCUGCACAGCCUCAGUAUCGUACACAGAGACAUCAAGCCUGAGAAUCUCUUGGUGUGUGAAUACCCCGAUGGAACCAAAUCUCUGAAGUUGGGAGACUUUGGGUUGGCGACGGUGGUGGAAGGACCCUUGUUCACAGUCUGUGGCACACCAACUUAUGUGGCCCCAGAAAUCAUUGCUGAAACUGGAUAUGGCCUGAAGGUGGACAUCUGGGCAGCAGGUGUGAUCACAUACAUACUGCUCUGUGGAUUCCCACCAUUCCGAAGUGAGAACAAUCUCCAGGAAGAUCUCUUUGACCAGAUCUUGGCUGGGAAGCUAGAGUUUCCAGCCCCCUACUGGGACAACAUCACAGACUCUGCCAAGGAAUUAAUCAGUCAGAUGCUUCAGGUAAAUGUUGAAGCUCGGUGCACAGCAGGACAAAUCCUGAGUCACCCCUGGGUGUCAGAUGAUGCCUCCCAGGAGAAUAAUAUGCAAGCUGAGGUCACAGGUAAACUAAAACAGCACUUUAAUAAUGCGCUCCCCAAACAGAACAGCACCACCACCGGGGUGUCCGUUAUCAUGGAAGAUCGGCUGGCAUGUGAAUGGCAUUCUUCAGCCCCACAAGGCAGGCUAGGAGCUGGUAGGUGCUACCAGAGCCACACUGAUGGGGAGGCUAAGUUCAUUGUCAUUGGAACCCCUGCCUCCUGCCAGGAAGAGUCCUCUCCCUUCCCUCUCCAGACAAAGCUUGGGUCUGUAAACUGGGCUUCGUGCCACUUUGCAGGGCUUUGGGGUGCUGCAUGAAGACAGGAAGACACAAGUUGUCGUUUUUCUCACCACUAUAGCAGUGUUUCGCUACAAGCCUGAGAAGGUCUGAAUUGUCACAGAUUUACGGCUUAGUUGAGUUGAAAAGGACCAUUGCUGCUGAACCAACUGCAGGAGCACAGCUCCAUGUGAUGACCUUUUGAGACCUGACCCCGAUAGGUGGGAGAAGCCACGUGCAGCCUUGCCACGCAUGGCAUUAUAGGCGGCUUGUGAGGAAGUGUAGAAAAAGAAAAGUCACUAAGCAUCUUCUGGCUAGGGGAGCAGCUCUGUGCAGAAUAUGGUUCACAUGUGUAUGUCCCCCAGCAAUCCCCCAAAUGUAUAUUUAGCAUAUAGUGAGAAAUCAUUAAGAGAUUUGUUGGAAUCAAAAUUUAAUAUCAUAUGGUAAUAAGCUUUAUGAUUAAAGAAUAAGCCUUUUAGCCCUGUAUCCAGUACUUAGGAGAAUUCACCAGUGAGUCAUUUGGAUUUGGGCCUGGAUUGGAAUCAAUGGCCAUAGGCCUGUGUCCCGAAUCCUGACCACUGAAGCUCAGCUGAGGUUCUAGGAUGAUUGGCCUAGUGUGGGCUGUGUUCUGGCUAAUGUGGCUAUUCUUAUCACUUACCAAUAGCACUUUUCCCUUUGCUAAUGGAAUCAGUCAAAUGUCAAACCCUUGAGUUUUAACUGGAUGUUAGGGUCCAUGAACAGCUCUUAAUUAUUUGCAGUUUCAAUGAUGACUAUGCAAAAGUUGGUGUUAACAUAUGUGCCAGAAUUAUUUUGUACAUUUUAGUGGCAUCCCAGCCAACCCCAGGUUCCCUGUAUAACCCUGCAGGUUGUUAAUCUAGAUGAACUGCCAGGGAAUCAUAACAUUACGAAUCUACCAGAAAAAUUCCUAGGGCUUGCUUUUGCCAAGUCUCUCUUCUUGGUGGCUCCAAAGCCAGCCUGCAAAUUUUGCCUUAUGCUCAAAAGUAGCAGAAAGCCUCUUGCUUGGCCUCCCCAAGUCAUGGGGGACCUAGGCAUGGGUAGGGUGUGAUGCUUCUGUGCCACCCUCCUCCUCCUCCUCAGCAUCCUGAUAAUACUUGGAGGCAUCCUAUAUUUGGGAAGAGUUUUUAAUGACUUCUUUUAUAUUAAAAGUAACCACAAAAUGCCUGUCUGUGGCAUUAAUUUGCCAUUACUGAAUCUGUGAGUUCAGAAGCAGUAGAGUAGGGCAUGGUAUGUGGCUGGAUUGUUAGACCCCUAUGUGUAACUUAGGGCCUUCCUGUCUCGUCACCUCUGUGGUCUCCCCAAAGUUGGUACCUGAGGCUCCAGUGAAUAAAAUAAUAGGAUAGGAAUUGUUUUUUUUUUUUUUUUUUUUAAGGUGAAAGCAAUUAAAGGUGAUGCUGUUGUUUGCGU